AUGCCUUCAACUACCGCAGAGGUUAAUAACCCCUCGGAGUACAACAAUUACCCUUUGACAGAGGUCCCACAACCAAGGGACACUCCAAACGAAUCAUGGCCAAGCUCGGGUGACCACGCAGCGCCUGCACCACCACAUGCAUCUGCUGCGCCGCCCCUCUCCAAACACGCAACCCACAUCUACACCGUCUCCUAUUUAAUCUUCUUCUCAAUCCUGGGCACGCUAGCCCGUCUAGGCCUACAAGCACUGACGUUCUACACAGGUGCCCCCGUCGUGACAGGGGUGCUAUGGGCAAAUGUAGGCGGAAGCUUGGUAAUGGGAUUCCUGAGCGAGGACCAAAAUCUAUUCCGCGAAGAGUGGGGCAAAGAACCAACUACAGACGCAGUCGAGAACGAGCCUAAAAUCAAGAACCAGAAACACAAGGCCGUGAAGAAGACCAUCCCGCUGUAUAUUGGUCUGACGACCGGGUUCUGUGGUUGUUUCACCUCCUUCUCGUCCUUUAUGCGUGAUGUCUUCCUCGCCUUGGCAAAUGCGCUUCCUGAUUCAUCCCUGCCUAACGGAUCACAUAUCGCCUCUCGAAAUGGUGGGUAUAGCUUCAUGGCGCUGCUCGCUAUCAUUCUAAUCACCGUGUCGCUGAGCUUAUCGGCGCUCAUUUUCGGCGCGCAUCUUGCCCUGGCUCUAACUCGCGUUACACCCACUGUGCCCUUUGUGUUCACGCGACGAGUCCUCGACCGUGUUGUGGUUGUUCUUGGGUGGGGAUGCUGGCUCGGGGCCGUGUUCUUGGCCAUCUGGCCGCCAGACCGACAUCAUGGCCCAGAUGUGUGGCGUGGCCGGGCCGUAUUUGCUCUCGUCUUUGCGCCACUUGGCUGCCUUCUUCGGUUCUAUGUCUCGCUGCAUCUGAAUAGCAAGAUUCCAAGCUUCCCGCUCGGCACGUUUGUGGUUAAUAUGUUUGGGACUAUCAUUGAGGGUCUUUGCUAUGACUUACAGCAUGUUCGUGGUCUUGGAGCAGUAGUCCCUGCUGCUCUGACAGGUUGCCAGGUGUUGCAGGGUGUUAUGGAUGGAUUCUGCGGAAGCACGACUACUAUCAGUACUUGGGUUGCUGAGUUGAAAGGACUGGCUCAUCGGCGCCAUGCAUAUGUAUAUGGAAGUGCCAGCGUGCUUGUCGCGCUUGGGUUUUUGGUUGUUAUCAUGGGCUCGCUAUUGUGGACGCGUGGGUUUGACGAGCCUGUGUGUGGAUAG